GAGAAAGAGAAGACAAGAGUUGGUGAAAAAGAGAGAAGGAGAGAAAGAGAGAAAUAGUGAAAGAGGAAUAAGCUACAUCAGUUUUUCCCAUAGAAAAGAGGUUUAAAAUUCUUCAUCCUUUUUUUGCUCUUGAUAAAUUUUGCUUCUCGGCCUGAUUGUGAUCAUGUUAUUACUGAUAUUGCUAGUAUAAUAAUAUAAUAUUAUUUGUGAUAAAAACAGUCCGUUGUUUUGUAAAUUUGGUCAUCUAGUUUUCAUUAACCAUUCAUUAUUCCAAAGGAACAAGUACCUCAAAAUCCAUUGAUACCACCACCAACAUCAACAAAAACAUCUGACUAUCAACAUUUUACAAGUUGUAUUAUUUUUAAGACUCCACUGAGACUCUUGUCCUUUCAAUUCUCCCUUUUCAACUCUCACCAGUUCAACCGUCUUCAUCAGCAUCAUCAACAACAUAUUCAUCAUCAUCGAUAACUUCAUCAAUAUAAACAUCAUCGUGAACAACAACAUUUCAUCAAAAUCGGAUUUCACUUUCAUUCAAAAUCACAGCCAACCUUUUUUCUCUACUUCACUCAUUCACGUUACUGCUCUUGGAUUCUCCAUCUCUUAUUUUAUUCUCUUUCCCUCGGCUACUCUUGUAUUGCUGAUUUUUUUCUCAAUCUAAAACGCCUGUUUAAUGGAUUAACCAAUGUAUAAUGUCAUCAAUAACAACUACAACCAAUAGUGAUCGGAUUAAUAGCGUUCAAUUUAAAAGCCAAUCUAUGUUUUAUACUGUAGAAGUGGCUGAGACCAAAUUCACUAUACUGAGAAGGUAUCAAAAUCUCAAGCCAAUUGGUUCAGGGGCUCAAGGAAUUGUCUGUUCAGCAUAUGAUUCGGAAUCGGGACAAAAUGUUGCCAUUAAAAAGUUAUCCCGACCAUUUCAAAAUACUACUCAUGCAAAGAGAGCAUAUCGGGAGUUUAAGCUGAUGAGGCUAGUUAAUCAUAAAAACAUAAUAGGAUUGUUGAAUGCCUUCACACCACAAAGGACUCUAGAGGAAUUUCAAGAUGUUUAUUUAGUUAUGGAAUUGAUGGAUGCCAAUCUUUGUCAAGUCAUUCAAAUGGAUCUCGACCAUGAACGAAUGUCCUACCUACUUUAUCAGAUGCUUUGUGGCAUCAAGCAUCUUCAUUCGGCUGGAAUCAUCCACAGGGACUUAAAACCAUCGAAUAUCGUGGUAAAAAGUGAUUGCACCCUUAAAAUUUUGGACUUUGGCUUAGCUCGUACAGCGGGUACCAACUUUGCCAUGACACCUUAUGUUGUCACCCGUUACUAUCGAGCACCCGAAGUGAUUUUAGGAAUGGGCUACACUGACAAUGUAGAUUUAUGGUCUGUAGGCUGUAUCAUGGGUGAAAUGAUUCGUGGAACUGUACUAUUUCCAGGGACCGAUCAUAUAGACCAAUGGAACAAAAUUAUUGAGCAACUUGGUACGCCUUCACCGGAAUUUAUGCAAAGAUUACAACCCUCAGUACGGAGUUACGUCGAGAAUAGGCCAAGAUACGAUGGAUAUAGAUUUGAGAGACUUUUUCCAGAUAUGCUGUUUCCAGCUGAUUCAACGGAACAUGCAAAAUUAACAGCUGCCGAGGCUCGUGAUCUACUAUCAAAGAUGCUAGUUGUUGACCAAGAGAAACGGAUCUCCGUUGAUGAAGCUCUAAAUCAUGACUAUAUUAAAGUUUGGUGGGAUGCUAGUGAAGUUGAAGCUCCAGCACCUGCACCAUAUGAUCACCAUAUUGAUGAAAGGGAACACACUGUUGACCAAUGGAAGGAGCUUAUUUAUCAAGAAGUAUUAGAGUAUGAAAGUGAACGUAAUGGUUUUAUCACUGCUCCUCCAGCACCACCGCCGCCUCCACCACCACCUCCUGCACAGCACAAUGGUCCAGACACGUAGGAUUUCACAUUGACAAAAAUACAAACAAGCAAAACUAAAAAUUAAAAAUGUUAUCAACUAUGAAACUAUGACUAUGAAAAACAACAUAACGAAAAGGCAAAGAUGAAUUUUAAUUUCUCCAUUCGCAUUCCUAAUAUACAUCUACUACUAUCAAUUAAUUCUAAUAUUAUUGCUACAACUACUACAACUACAACUACUAUGGCUACUUCUAAAUCUAAUCCAACUGCUAUUGAUAUAUAUAAUGAUGAUGAGAUUAUUAUUACAUGUAUUAUUUGUAUUCAGCAUGACGAGUCGUAGCAAAAAACUAACCACCAAUAACACCACGAGUAACUGGAAAACAAAUGUGGUUAAUAAUAAUAAUAAUGAUAAUACGGAUAUCAUCUACAAUUAUUAAAAAGUCAUCAAUCGCUUUUUAAUUGUUCCAAUUUCUGCAACCCUUCAUACAUCUUCAAUGUCUAAAAGUGAACAGAAAACCAACCAGCUUGAGCUCAUCUUUUCAUUUGUUUCUUUUUCCUUUCCCACCUCUUACCUUUCCAAUUUUAAUCGUGUUGUAAGUAAUUCAUGAAUUAAUUUACAAUAAAUUAAAUGUUAUUUAGAAGUCAAAGUAAGACCAAACCAGAAGACACAAA